AUACUUUGCACGGAACCAUACACAAUUCUGACACAACAUAGAAAAAAUGGUAUUCACCGGCUACGAAGGUUUCGGGUGUCAACGUCCAGAAGAUUCUGAAUGGCUGCCGUACGGUGAGCAUGCCGACUGGGAACAGAACCUGACCAUGUACGGCGAUGUGGAUCUUAUGCCCGCCAAGGAACAGGAGCUUCAUCCCUCGUUGAAUCGGGUGAUGAGCCUCAUUGAUUACGAUUUGGCCAUGAAGCAUCCACUGGAGCACACUUGGACUCUCUGGCAUUGGGAGAACGAUCGCACCAAGAGCUGGAGUGACAUGCUCAGUGACGUGACGAGCUUCAAUACCGUUGAGGAUUUCUUCAGUGUGUACUACUUUAUCAAGCCACCAUCAGACUUGAAGGUUUAUAAUGACUAUAUGGUCUUCAAACAAGGUGUUCGUCCCAUGUGGGAGGAUGAUUUCAAUAAGGAGGGUGGUCGCUGGAUAAUGCUUUUGGACAAGGUUUCUAAGACCUUUAUAGAUAAGAUGUGGCACGAUCUGCUUUUAUGCACCAUUGGUGAAUGCUUUGAAUACUCUGAACAAAUUUGCGGGGUGGUCAUCAAUGUUCGUAAUAAGGCUAACAAGUUAUCUCUUUGGACUAAGGACUCGCGCAAUGUCCAGGCGGUCCUUGCCAUUGGCAAUCAGAUGAAGCAGAUGCUGCAACUCGGGGAACUCGAGAUCCAGUACCAGGUGCACAAGGACGCCAUGGUCCAACACGGCCCGAAUGUGAACGCCAUAUAUAAGUUGUAGCCGCCAAAAAAACCCCUUCCGAUACGGUAAGCCACAUAAAAGUACAAGAAUGUGGGAUGACCAUCGGAAGGAGUCCCAAUACUCGCGAGUACGUUAUCGUAAAUGCUCAGUUCUUGGCUAGAAAUGUGCAUAUACGAUCGGCUCGCAGUAAGGCACAACUACAUAUAUAUAUAUAUAUAUAUAAUAGUAUAAUAUCAGAAACACAUAUCAUCCAUGCACCGAUUCGUUAGGCACGAAUUCGGUUGUACCACGAAUAUAAUAUUUCACGGUGAAAUAAAAGCUAGUUGGCCACGUA